AUGCCCGGCAGUAAACGCGUUCAAGCGGAGUCUUUGACAAGCCAAAUAUUACCUCGAGAGCAAGUGUCAUUCACCACUGAAGUGAAUAGCUCGUCAGAUAUCAUGGAGCCCCUCAUGGCAAAAGAUCGGCAGACGAGCCGACAAGAUUACGGUAGUACUUUGACGUGUCAAGGGCCACUGGAAGAUGACGAUAAAGUGGCGAUCAGCGACCAGGUGAUGGUAUCGGCUAUUGCUAACCUCAGCACUGCUUAUAAUUUGGCAGUGAUCAAUUACGCGUUAAUGAUGUUGCAGCGGUCGUAUCCCGAUUCAAGUCCAGAGCUGCGGUCCAUAGUGGAUUCAUGUUCAUUAGUGGGGGCCAUUGUGGGGCAGCUCACAUUCGGCUAUGUAGGGUCGGUCAUGGGACGUAGAAAAGGAAUGAUCUUUACACUGCUGCUAUCCAUUUUGGGAGCUGCAGCGAGUGCAAUUCUACCGUGGGGCAACGACUCCGUUUACUAUAUCUUGGCUGCUUGUCGGUUCAUGCUCGGUGUAGGUGUAGGAGGGGUUUACCCGCUGUCAGCAGCUUCGGCGGUGGAAUCUACCGACAGUAAUGACGAGCUGAAGAAGAGCAAAGUGGUGGCGGCGGUAUUUAGUUUUCAGGGCAUCGGACAGCUACUCGCACCGCUUAUGGCCUACAUCAUGCUGGACCUGAAUACUCAGCGAUUCAUUGGGUGGCGAGUGCUGUUGCUAAUUGGUGCGUUUCCUGGAUUGUUCGUACUGCGACGAGCAUUUCAAGUCAAAGAGGAUCUGACACCAUCACCUCUAACUCUGCCGAUCGACCAGAAGAAGAUGAAUACGAAGACGUCUUCCAGAUUUAAGCUGUGGGAUAAAGUGCUAGAAAGCUCUUCGCUACAGCGCAAACUUUUUGGUGCAUGUGCAAGCUGGUUUCUCUUCGACGUCUCCUUUUACGGGAACGUCAUUUUCACGCCUAUAAUUGUGCAAGAUACUUACGGCUUGGAUAAACAUCACUUCGCAGAUGUUGCUCUUUGCUCUUUGGUUGUGGCAGCCAUUGCUCUGCCUGGUAACCUGCUCACUGUAUUAGUUGUCGGCAAGAUGAGCUUUAAGACGAUUCAGAUACUGGGCUUUGUUGUCAUGGCUCUACUGUUCCUGGCUCUCGGAUUGUUCUACGAUCAACUACUGGAUCACGACUACAGACGACUCCUGCUAGGGAUGUAUGCGCUUACAUUCUUUUUCUCGAAUUUUGGACCAAAUGUCGGUACGUUUUGUCUUCCAGCGGAGCUUUUCGCAGAAGAUGUGCGUGUUGAGCUCAAUGGUGUUGCUGCAGCUGUCGGAAAGCUGGGUGCUGCGCUCGGGGCAGCAUCGUUUGGCAUCAUUGAAGCACGGUUUGGCGUAUUACACCUACUAAUGCUCAGUGCAACGGUCUCUCUAUUAGGAGCACUAGUCACGUACAAGUUCAUCCCCACAAAACACUACACCACUUAA